AUGGCUACGUUUGAAAUCCCCGAGACUCAAAAAGCAGUAAUCUUUGAAGAGUUCAACGGCCCCUUAAUCUACACCGACAUCCCCGUGCCCAAGCCGGGCCCCAACCAGAUCCUAGUCAACAUCAAAUACUCCGGUGUCUGCCACUCCGAUCUCCACACCUGGAAAGACGAUUUCCCCGGCGUCACAUGCGGCUUACCUUUAGUCGCGGGCCACGAAGGCGCCGGUGUCGUAGUCUCCCUAGGUGCAAAUAUCGAUACUGCAAAUUGGCAAGUGGGAGAUUUGGCAGGGGUGAAAUUGGUCAACAAGACGUGUUUGAAUUGUGACUUCUGCCAACAGAGCCAAGAGACGGCGUGUCCCCUGGUGUUGUUGACGGGUAUCCAAUGCAAUGGAACUUUCCAGCAGUAUUGUGUCGUUGACGCGGUGCACGCUGCCAAGUUGCCUACUGAUAUCGACUUGACUUCCGUGGGACCCAUCUUGUGCGCGGGUAUCACCGUCUACAAGGGUCUCAAGACCUCCGAGGCGAAACCGGGGCAAUGGGUCGUUAUAUCGGGUGCUGCAGGUGGGUUGGGCUCGUUAGCGGUGCAAUACGCAAGGGCCUUGGGGUUGAGAGUCGUUGCCAUCGAUGGAGGUGAAGAACGAGGUAAAUUCGUCAAGGAUCUUGGCGCCGAGGUGUUUAUCGACUUUACAACCACCGAGGAUGUCGCUGCCGAGGUUCAAAAAGUCACCAAUGGAGGCGCACACGCUGCGUUGAACGUGUCGACUUCGGAAGCUGCCAUCCAACUGAGUAUCGGAUUCGUUAGAUCGCGCGGUACCGUGGUGCUUAUCGGAUUGCCUAAGGGCGCUCAAGUCACCGUGCCCGUGUUGCCUGCUGUGGUCAAACAGAUUAGCAUCAAGGGCUCCUACGUUGGAACCAAUUGGGAUACUACUGAGGCUAUCGAUUUCUUCCAUAGAGGCUUGGUGAAAUGCCCCAUCAAGACUGCUGGUUUGAGUGAAUUGGCGGACAUUUUCCAAUUGAUGGAAGAUGGUAAGAUCAUGGGUAGAUACGUCUUGGAUAUGUCAAAGUAA